AUGAUUCAGACGAAUGUAGGAAAUAUAUCACUAUCGAAUAUUGAUAUUUCACAACUAAAACCAAUUAUCGAACGAUUCAUGUCGUAUCCGGAUUCGAGAAUUAAAGAUUUCUUAGUUGAACGUGAAAUUCGAAGAAUCCAAAAUCAAGCUCAAAUAUUUGAAAAUUUAACGAUAUCAUCGAUUGAUCGAAGUAAAUCUUUGUCUAAAUCUUACGAACUUUUACUUAAAGGAUUUGAAAAAAAUAAACCUUCAUUACGUGGUUUGACAAAAUUUCUUCAAAAUUCAAGUUCCAUUAGUUCAUUUUUAAAUUCUGAAUUAACUACUACAAAAAUGUUUCAAGAAUGUGAAAGAAUUCGUAUGGCUUAUUAUGAUAUAUCAAAAAAUUUAUCAAAUAUUUCAGAUAAUUUAGAGGAUCGAGUACGUGAGUUUAAAAUUCAGAAAUUCGAUCUUGACCGGGAAGCUUUAAAUUUGCAAUCUGAAGCAAAACAAGCUCAAGCAGAAUGUAUAAUCUUAGGUGGAUCUUUUGGUGUAUUUGUUGGUAUUAUUGCUGGAGUCGGUGUAGGCACUUAUACGAUCCCAUUUGACGGUGGUGUUGUGUUUUUAUCAACUAUUAUUGCAAGUAUGGGGGCUGGUUCUUUGUUCGGACAAAUAUUAGAAGAAAAGAUUAAUCAAUCCGCUCGAAUUAAAUUUGCAAAAGCAGAAAAAAUUUACGAAAAAGUUGAUUACGUUAAUAAAGUUAUUGAAGACGUUGAAUCGUUUAAAUCUGGUGUUCAGAAAUUCGAAAGAUUUUGGACUGGACAUGUUGAACAUUUUACAAGUGUGCAAAGAAUAAUUGAUAAUUCCUCCAAAGGAGUUGAUACUGACUUGAAAUCUAUUAAUGUUCAGACCAUUUUUAAUGAUUGGAAUAGAGCCAAGAAUUCUUUAUAUAAUUAUGGAAUCAGUGUAGAAAGGCUUCAAAUUUGA